CUCAAGCAAAUUGCUUCUCUUCACCUAAAACUCUGCCGCAGUUGCAGCUGACAACUGUGACAAACCCAUCAACGCCGAUGCAAUCCUCUGCGCAGCUGUUGCCUUCACUUAAGGUGGAACAAGCAAUUCCCGCAAACACAUUUCUCGAGCCAUCUCCCUCGUCGUCUGCGUCAUCUUCCUUCGGUGAUCCUUUUGCCGCCUACGCCAACAAUUUCGAUCUAUCACUACUACCUCAAGAUUGCGUUUCGACAACUGGCCAUAUACCCACCAUUGUAUAUCAAUUUGCUUGCAGUACGCCAACGACACCGACAUCGCCACCAACAACAACUACAACAUCAACAACAGCGCCACCUGCUACAACAGCUACCAACUCCUUAUUAACGCCGCCCCAAAUAAAAAUCGAACAAGGUUGGUCAUUCGGUUCCUCUAUCUCCCUACCGGAGGAGAUCAAACGGGAGCCACAACAACAACAGCAACAACAACCGAUGCUAAAUUCACCCAAUCAGCUAAUACCACCACCUCCAUAUCCACACAUUUAUCCGUCACCUCAAUCGAGCCCCGCUCAGUCGGAAUACGGUUUUCCACAAGCACAAUUUGCCAGCUGCUACGAGUCGUUAAGCUCAACGCGUUCAUCGCUGCAGCCCGCUUCGCCGUAUCCUUCGUUAGAUGCGUGCAAUAUUAAACAAGAAUUGCAUAUUCUGCCACCAUCGCCGCCAGAGUCCAAUUGCGAAGCACCAUCACCGCAUUCUUCGUGGGUCGAUAUCAAAUCGGAGCCCAUCGAUGCUGAUGUUGAGACCUUGAUUGACUUGAAUAUGUUGCUCGAUAAAAAGGAAUUCACUAGCGUAGCUUGCAGCGAUUACAAGCACAGCAACAACGCGUGCGCAGUGAAACAAACGGAAAUGUCUGUGGAGCAACAACAGCAGCAGCAACAACAACAAAACAAUCAACAAAGUCAAGAUCAACAAAUGCUCCGUGAGUUCUUUGAAGAUAACCGAUUUCGAAUGGGUUUUGGCAGCAUGGACGAAGUUAGCGGCAAUAUCGAACAAGUUAUCUCAAUGGCUCUAGAGGAUACGAAGAGCCAGGCAGUGGAGACCUGUGCCAAACUGCAGAUAUCUAAAGAUCCCUGCGACUGGUCGGUAUCUCAAGUACAUUCUUGGCUACGUUCUACAGUGGCACAAUUCAAAUUGCCCGAAAUCGUGAAUUUGGAGCAGAAAUUUUCCGAAACUGGUUCAGCAUUAAUUUUGCUCAGCGAGGAUGAAUUCAAGCAAAGAGUGCCAGAGAGCGGCUCCGACUUGUAUGCUCAACUGGAGGUAUGGCGCUACCAUUUUAGCAGCAAUGCACCAGAGGACAGCAAUGAUGAUGAGGAAAUGUUGCCAACUACCAGCGCCUUGGCUGUUGCAAAACCAGCUGAAACUAAGCGCACCGGUCGCAGCGGUGGUGCACACAUACAUCUAUGGCAAUUCCUGAAGGAACUAUUAGCCGAGCCACAUACACAUGGCACAGCCAUACGUUGGAUUGAUCGCAAUCGUGGCAUAUUUAAAAUCGAAGACUCCGUGCGGGUGGCGAAGUUAUGGGGCGGCCGUAAAAAUCGUCCGGCUAUGAAUUAUGACAAAUUGUCGCGUUCAAUAAGACAAUACUACAAGAAGGGUAUCAUGAAGAAGACGGAGCGUUCACAGCGUUUGGUUUAUCAAUUUUGUCAUCCAUAUCAGUUGUAAGGAGCGAAGAGCAUGAGGUAGGUGAUGUUAAAGAGUGGUGGAGCGCCAGUGGAAGUUGGCGAUUCAAAGGGCAAAUGAGCGCAAAAAUGAGAGCCAUAUCAAAUGGCUUUAUUUGAAAAAUCGCUAAUUUAUUGCUAUUUAUUUAUUUAUUUAUUUAUUUAUUUAUUUACUUAUGGUAAUAUGUAUAGUAUUCAGACAUAUUUAUUAUGAAGAUUUUUUUAUCCGCGGAAAUUGAGGAACUCAAUUAUUUAUUUAUUUAUUAAAUUAUUUAUUUAUUGUUAAUUAAGAAAGUGCCUACAAAUACUUCAUAGAUCUGGAUAAAUUACGUAAUUGUGUUAGGUUUUGUAUGAGAGUUGUCAGCAAUGCAGUUUAAUCGGGCCAUUCUAUUGCAUCGAUAUUCUGGCGCUACAAAAGCGCUGCAAUAAUAAUAAAGCUGCGAAAGCUCAAUUGCGUGUGGUGAAAAGCUUUUUGCGACAAAAUGUUAAUUGUUUUGAGUCAUUUUUUUACUUGCAAACAACAAAUUUUGCGUUGAAUGCAUAAAUGGUUCUCUUAAUCGAAUAUUUACAUUUAAUUCCCUUACGAUUUUUGAAUCUCAGAAAUGUCCAGUGACAAAUUGUUUACUUCACACAAAUCAAAAGUGAGCAAUGAAUUAAAGAAGUUUUUUUAUAUUUUUAUACACAAUUAUUAUUGCUUUUUAUCGCCUUUGAGCAUGUAUGACAAUACAAUUUCAAAAGUAAAUCGAAUUACUGGUAUAUACAGCAAGUGUGAGGUUCAGAGAGAGCGUUUACUCUAUUCGCGUCCAU